AUGGCUCAAGAUAUCAAAGAACCUGGAGUGACUGACUCACUUCCCGAUGCUCAAGCCCCGGCCCCGAUAAAGCAUUCGGUGCGGUCUUUCAAGAAGAAAUAUGCAAAGACGAAACAAAAAUUUGAGUUGGGGAUUCGAGAAAAUGAAAACUUGAUCCGCGAGGAGCUCCGGAUUGAGGACUUGUCCAAGCGAAUCCAGGAACAGAACGAUCAACUACUCGAAGUCCUCAUGGAGUUCAAUGAAAGCGUUCAUGUCUCCCCAUCCAUGCGAUACGGCUUGACCCUGCUUAGCGACGCCCCUUUCCUUCCAACCCCAGAGCAUGAGAUUACACCUCUAGUCAACGACGCGACCCUCGCGCGGACGGCAUUGAAAGAAGCCAAAGCUGGACUCGCUAGCGGAAGCUUUUCUCCUAGCGCUUACCGCCAAGUGGAAGAAAGUAUCAAGCGAAACAAGGAAUUUGCACCGGCUUUGCAGUUCAGCGAUCUGAUCAAAGUGCCGCAUACCGAAGGGAUCCUCCCAGGAGAUGGAGUGAAAGAUACCGGAUCUGUAGAUCGCAAGCUCGGGUAUUUCACCCCAGAGCAUGAGACCGAACACUACCUCGCGCUGGACGCGAAGCUCGGAGACCAGGCUGCUAUCUUGCAAUUAGCGCGUAUCCCAGACCCGCCAACAUUUGCUGAACGGGAGAAAGAGGCCUCAAUGCGGAACCCAGCCUCGGUUUUCAAUUGGCUGCGACGCAAUCAACCUCAGACAUUACAAGAUCACGAGGUUACCUCGGAAAAGUCUGCAUCACGACCCUCUAAUGCCCGGACAUCAAAACGGGCUCCUGUACAGCGCAAGGAAGAGGAGACCAUCGAUGAAGAUGGCAUUGAUGUGGAGCCGACUCCGAAGGGUAAACGCAAGCGAGAUGAGGAUACUGGAUACCGACCCAAAGGUGGCAACAGCCGGUCAAAAAAGAAGAAGGAUGAUUCAACUCCUAACCGCAGCUCUAAGAAGGCUUAG